CUGACAUAAACAUGGAUCCCGGUCGCUCCACUCCGAAGAAGGUUCUCAAUUUUCGAGAAACCGCCACGUGGCUUCUGGAAGCAGCAAGUUUGGUCUAGAAAGAUCCCAAGGAGUCGGUCCGAACGAGGAUCCACCCCCUUCCUUGACGAACACAGAGACGUGUGUUUUGGAUUCUAUUUGUGCCGUGGUUUGAGAUUUAGAUGCAAAUAAAUAUAUACCCUGUCUUGUGCCGUGUCCCCUUUAAGCCAAUUGCAAUCAAACAAAGUUUCGGUUAUUGGUGUUCAUUUUUCUUCCUCCAUCUUUCUCUAAAACAUUAAUUGAACUUCCAUUCCUUAAAUUUUACCAACGAGCUAGUUCCGACACAGACAAAGCAAUGGCAAAGACUGAGUUAGAGGUGACUGUUGAGAGCAAGAACAAAGAACUAAAGCACCUGGGAUUUGUGAGGAUUGCUGCUAUUCAAACUUUUGUGAUUGUGUCAAAUCUGUAUGAGUACGCAAAGCAGAAUUCUGGGCCUUUGAGAUCCGCUGUUGGAACGGUUGAGAACACUGUAACCACCGUUCUUGGUCCUGUCUGCAACAAAUUCAAGGACUUCCCUGAUGAUGUCCUGGUUUAUGUUGACAAAAAGGUGGAUGAAGCUUCCCACAAGUUCGAUGAGCAUGCUCCUUCCUUUGCCAAGCACCUUGCGGAUCAAGCCAAGGGUGUGAUUCAGAAAGUGACUUGUGAGGCAGGGAAAGUUGCAAGUGAAGCUCAAUCUGGGGGGUCAAGAGCUGCUGUUCAUUUUGUUGCUACAGAGUCAAAGCAUUUUGUGUUGAUAAAUUCGGUGAAGUUGUGGAAUGGACUCACCCACUAUCCACCAUUCCAUGCAUUGGCAGAGAUAGCAGUUCCCACUGCUGCUCACUGGUCAGAGAAGUACAACCAUGUGAUCAAGGCCAUGACUCAAAAGGGUUAUAGUUUCAUCGGGUAUCUACCUUUGAUUCCCAUUGAAGAGAUAGCCAAGGCAUUCAAACAGGGAGAGGCGAACUUAAAAGGAGAUAAUGCAGCCUCUGAGGAACAAAGAUUAGAAUCUGCAUCUGAUUCUGAUUAAAUUCAGCUUUACUUCUUCAAAAAAAUUUGCUUAUGAGUGAACUUGUUUUGUGGGUUGUGACAUUCUAGGCAAUGUGGUGGUUGUGACUAGACAUACUUUUAAGCUUGUUAAGGCAUGGUAAGACUAUGUAAUUAAUCCAUGUAGAAUCCAUGUAGAAGAUACGAUUUAUGUAAAUGGUGCGGAUAAUGCUCAUAAAGGUUGCUUCCUCCUUUUGUAUGCAUAUAAAAUAUUGCUUAGUGCUCUUUAUUGUGACUACAUUUGGUGGUUGCAAACCUGAUAAGCA